GUCUUCAUCCGCGAGUGCUUACGAAGAGCUCAUUGUUCCGAAGAUGGAGUUCGUGCCUCACCCGGUACAUCCCGCCGAGAACGAGGCAUGGUGGGUUGUGCAUUAUGGUUUGAUGACUCCUCCCAAAGAGAAGUCGUUCCCGGUCCUGAUCCAUCGUGGAGUCGAGAAAGGGGAUGCUAGAAGGAGUACCAACGAGUUUCUUGCGAUCAUGCGAUCGUUCUACCAUAUCCCGGAUGCUGUGGAGUUCCGGGUUCCCUAUCCCGAAGAGUGUGCUAACAGCCCCCCAGAGGGUUACUUCACUUGCUACGAGGCAUUCGUAGUACGUUGUCGCUUAUGGUUCCCAAUCCACGAAAUCCUCGUCCGAGUGUUGGACCGUUUCGAGGUUGCGAUAAGCCAGUUGACUCCUCUCGCCAUUCAGCAUCUUAUUGGGAUCCUGAUCCUGAGCUACGAGCAUGGCCUUUCCCUUUCCGUUGAUCAUUUUGAAGCGCUUUUGAGGCUUCAACUCAUCAAAGAUACGGACAAGCAUAGGCUGGUCCCUCGGAACUUUAUGUCAGUGGUUAAGAAGUUCAUUUCGAACUUCAACUCGUGGAAGAAGUUUUUUUUCUUUGUUCGUUUGUACGCUGCGUCUGUCGAAGAGAGUUGCAUUCCACUGUUCCGGAGGUUACCGAACGAUCAUCCUUUCAUCAAUCCUCUUGCUCCGUUCCCCGAGGACAUCAUUGCGGUGAGGGAUCUUCUUAGGAGUGGUCCCUUCUUUUGGACUUCCUUUAAGCCGGAGAGGAUUCGGAAGGCACUGAGGUUCGUGCAUCCUGGUCCUGCCUCGGUUGCGGACGCGGGAAGCGACUCCGAACCUGACGACCAGGAUCCCGUUGUAGCUCCAGCAGCUAUGCCGGAGUCGAGCUCUUGGAAGGGAAAGGAUAUCGACCUUGGCGACAUAGAAUUUUUGAUGGAUGAUUCUAUGCUUCCAGGAUGGGAUCCGAACCUUGCUUAUGGCGACGGGAGUGGCUCGAGCGAGGUCCCUAUUCUGGAUUUCGAUGAUUUCUUUGCUGGUCUGCCACCGGGUUUUGAUGCUCCUCCACCUGCGAAAGAGUCGGCAAGGCCGAAAGUCAUCGCGGAAGGGUCCCGAAUAAUCAAUGGGGUAUGAUUUUUUCGAAAAUAUUUGUGAUCGCCUAGGUAUUUCCUUUUAUGCUUACAAUGCGUUAACUGGUUUCGCAGGGCCUCAACUUGCUUGGCUCGGCCAUUGAAGCGAGCCAUAGGGAGGCAAUGGUCUAUCGUUUUAAAGCGGAGAAAGCGGAACGAGAUCUCGCUUGCAUGCAAGGCGAGAUGUUGGAGCGAGAAGCGCAACUUACUCAUGAUCAUGCGCGGGCUGUCCGUAAGGCGGAAAGGAAAGGCAAACGAGAAAUCGUCGAGGUGAUGAAGACUCGUGCCUCUCAAUUCCAG